AAACGUCUCCUUUAAAGCUCCCUUAAAAUGUUUUGUUUUCUUUCUGUUUCAGUCACACGCGUGCACGUAGGGGCGUCAACAUUUCCGAAGACUCGUGAAGGCAGCAGCGGUUCAAUCCCAACUGGAGUGAAGACGUUCAGCGCGAGCCGAGGAGUGGCUCCAGCCCGAGUCAACCUUUGACGGAUGGACGAGAUGGAAGCAUCAUGUUUGGACUUGGCUCUGGAAGGCGAGCGUCUCUGUAAGGCUGGUGACUAUCAUGCUGGUGUCUCUUUCCUUGAGUCCGCCAUUCAAGUUGGAACAGAGGAUCUCCAGAUCCUCAGUGCCAUCUACAGCCAGCUGGGAAAUGCCUAUUUCCACCUUCAGGAGUAUAACAAAGCCCUGGAGUACCAUCGACAUGACCUGACCCUUACCAGAACAAUCGGAGAUGAACUGGGUGAGGCCAAAGCCAGUGGCAAUCUUGGGAACACAUUAAAACUUUUAGGACGCUAUGAUGAAGCUGUGGUUUGUUGCCAGAGACAUUUGGAUAUUACAAGAGCUAUAUAUGAUAAGGUUGGGCAGGCUCGGGCACUGUAUAAUUUCGGGAAUGUUUACCAUGCCAAGGGCAAGAGCAUCUGCUGGACUGGAGCAGAGCCAGGAGAGUUCCCUGAGGAUGCCAGGAUAGCCUUGAGGAAAGCUGCUCAGUACUAUGAAGCAAACCUGUGUCUGGUGAAGGAUUUAGGAGAUCGGGCAGCCCAGGGUCGGACCUAUGGCAACCUUGGUAACACUUACUACUUGCUGGGUGACUUUGAACCCGCAGUAGCUGCUCAUGAUAAGCGUCUUCUCAUUGCUAAAGAGUUUGGGGAUAAGUCCGCUGAGAGGAGGGCACACUGUAAUCUUGGCAAUGCUCACAUAUUCCUCAGCCAGUUUGACGUGGCAGCUGGUCAUUACAAGAGGACUCUGCAGCUGGCCAGACUUUUGAAGGACAGAGCAGUGGAAGCCCAAGCCUGUUACAGUCUUGGUAACACCUACACACUUCUGCAGGACUAUGAGAGAGCCAUUGAUUAUCACCUCAAACAUCUGGUCAUCGCUCAGGACCUCAAUGACCGGGUUGGUGAAGGAAGAGCAUACUGGAGUCUAGGAAAUGCCCAUACUGCCCUGGGGAAUCAUGAGCAAGCCAUGUACUUUGCUGAGAGACAUUUGGAAAUUGCCAAAGAGACUGGAGACAAAAGUGGCGAGGUCACAGCCAGAAUGAACUUGUCAGACCUACGACUGGUGGUGGGCCUGAAAUCCAACUCCAACAUCUACCCUAACAUCUUUCGCAACACAAACACUAAUAGCUCACCUCUGCCAGGGACCUACCAGGGUUAUACCAAUUUCUCAGGAGUCAAGACUACAUUAAGAUGGAAAAGCAGUGCAGAAAAACUAGAACCGAGUAAGAAUCCUGAAAAAAAUCAACCUGAAGAAUCUUCAGCACAUCCAGACUGGGGAGGGGAUGUAUUCCCUGAGUCUUCUAAGAACAACACAAUCAAAGCUUCUACUAAGCUGUUCCUCUUCCAUCGGCUAAAAAGCAAAAAGCAGAAGAACAACAAGUCCUCUCUUAAAGAUCAGCAUGAAAACCACACAGAGCUCCCAACUGCUGGGUUGGAUAGCCCAGUGUCUUCUAAGACUGUACCACAGGACACUGUAGGAGAGGACAACUUUUUCGACCUCCUGUCUCGUUUCCAAGGCAGUAGGAUGGACGACCAAAGGUGCUCCCUACAGCAUGGUCAUAGCCAUGUCCCUGACAAAUCCUCUCCCUCCUCAACCCCACCUGUAGCUGAAAAGAAAUCCCUUGUGGAGUGCGAAGUACCAUCCCAGGAUCAUGGUCAUUUCCUGGAGCUGCUGGCCAGCUCCCAGGCCCGUCGCCUGGACGACCAACGAGUCAGCCUGAACCAUUUUCCUGGCUUACGUCUCAGCACCUCCAACCCGCUUCAUACACCCUCCACCUCCAGCCCCGAUCAAGUUCCCACAAAAGCCCCCAGUGCAGAUACACAUCACACACCCUCCCUAUACAAGCGCCUCGAAGCAAGCGCUGAGCAGCCAGAGGGGGAUGAGGUCUUCUUUGACAUGCUAGUUAAGUGCCAGGGCUCCAGACUUAAUGACCAGAGAUGUGCUGCUCCAUCCUUAACAACAAAGGGACCAACCGUUCCAGAUGAAGAUUUUUUAAGUCUCAUUUUGCGUUCCCAAUCCAACAGGAUGGAGGAGCAGCGAGUGUUGAUGCCAAGUGGAGCUGCUCAAACCAAACCAGACUGACUAUGCAGAACAUCAUUUGGUCAUUUUGGCACCAAAUAAACUAACAGAGGUUUCCUGUCCCUUAAAGGGAUCUUUUUAGGCCACAUGAUCUUGGAUUCCUGCCAUAUGCGUGAUUAUUGUGAGGCAGCCAUAAAUACAAAAGAUGCUAUAAGGAACUGACGUCUCAAAGCCGGACAGUGACUGUACCUUCUGAAGACAUAAAGAAUUGUAUUCAUUGUAUUCAGCUUGUUGCCUGAGUCUCAGGGUACGCUACACUUGUUGUAGUGCCCCCUGCUGCCUAUUUUUAUCAGAGACCUCAAUAUCAGUGGCGUUCGCCUAUCUGAGCUGAGUUUUAGUUAUUGCUUGAACAUGCAAACUUAUGGGGCAAAGAGAUGGACAAACAUUCAAGUCUCAUAUUACAGGUUCUAAAUUAAGUAAACUGGAACACCACAUGACUUGUUUUGCUAAUAUAUAACUUUAAAUAUUUGACUGGGGCAUUUGUGUCUGGAUUUAUCCCAGACUCCUUGAACUAAAUCUCAUCAAUGGAUAAAACACAAAAACUCUGAAGGAAGAUUUAUUUUUUUUUUUGCUUCAUAAAUGGACUGUUACACCUUUUUACAAGAUUUUACUAUUGAGGUUUGAAAAUGAUUAUAUUAUAUUCUCCUGGUGUGGAGAAAUAAAAGCUUUAACUUGUACUGUAGUUCAUUGUCUCUAAUAUAAGACAUGGUCCUCACAGGUGACAAGCAUAAACACUAUAGUUUUACAUGUAAAGUCAAAUGUAUACACUUUCUAUUCUAAAUAAUAUAAAAUCUGGAGAUGUUUUAAAGAAAACGUCCUUCUUUCUAAAUCCUUCCUGAGGAUAACUUAA